AUGGAGUCCUACGUGGUGAGCUGUAAAUAUGCUGAGCCGCAGUUCCCGCCUUGUGAAGAAGAUUACAGUAAUUUUAGUGACCAAGGGGGGUAUUAUAACAACCCUCAGGACAGUGGUAGUUAUGGAGGGGGCUACCAGCCCAUGCAGCCUCCUCCGCCUCCAUACACACCACAACAAACCGGCUAUCAACACUCUUUGCAGGGGCAUCACCGGGAGGAUGGAGAGGACCACUCGCAGCAACAAAGUGCGCCCUUCCCCGGCUACAGAGAGACAGACGUCCCCGCUAAAGAGAGAUUCCCCGUGGGUGACCUGCAGUGCCAGGCCUGGAUGACCUGUCCAAAGCCGGCUCAGGUGCAGAGGAAAACGGCCCACCAGGGCAAAGACAAGCCGCCUAUUGUUGUCUACCCUUGGAUGAAGAAAGUGCACGUCGCUCAUGUUAAUCCAAACCACGUGGGACCGGAGCCAAAACGGUUGCGGACAGCCUACACGCGCCAGCAGGUCCUCGAGCUCGAGAAGGAGUUCCACUUCAGCCGCUACCUCACGCGCCGCCGCCGCGUCGAGGUGGCCCACACGCUCUGCCUGUCCGAGCGACAGGUGAAGGUGUGGUUCCAGAACCGGCGCAUGCGCUGGAAGAAAGACAACAAGCUGCCUAACACCAAAGGAAGGAGCAAAAACAAGAAGGCAACGGACAACAACAACAACGACAACAGCGGCAGCAGCGUCAGCAGCAGCGGGAGCGACAGUACUGUGAAGACGGUGAUCACUGUGUGA